AGGACAUUAUUUUUGUUCAGCACCAUUUGUCUAAAAUAGCAUAAUAUCAUGAAAGUUCUAUUUGUUUUGGCGCUGUUGAUUGCAGCUGCUGCGUCUUUGCCACAAUUUGGUGGCUUCGGUGGCCCUGGAUUUGGUGGUGGAUUCCCCCGUCCAGGUUUUGGUGGCGGCUUUGGUGGUUUCGGCGGACCAGGUGGCGGUCCACCUUUUGGUGGUUUCGGCGGACCAGGUGGCGGUCCAGGUUUUGGUGGCGGCUUUGGUGGUUUCGGAGGUCCCAGAGGUCCCGGAUUUGGUUUUUAA